UUGGAGGUUUGGCGUAUCGGGCUAGGAUGCAUCGUCUUUUUGGAGCCAUCUUUAACCGUCUCAGAGCAAAACCUGGCAGACCGGGUUCGGUAUAUCUUGCGCUCAAAUAUAUUUGAUGUCGCCGAACUCGAACGACUAUGUCGUGAGGCUGUUCCCUCAUCGGAUGAAAAUGCUACGGCUGAGGAAGCGGCGCCACAAAUUGCAGAGCACCCCACAAACGUGAAUGCCGACGUGAAUACCCCAGUUGUGGUUGAUUCAAACGAUGAUGGAACAGUCGCCCAAGAACUGGAAUUAGAGCAUAUGAGGAGUACAUUGGAAGAAGCGAUUGUGGAAACGCGCAGUACGCCUCUCGAAAAUCGACCGCGACUUCCCCGCAUAGCCCUAAGCAAGCGGAAUCGGGCUGUCGUGAGGGCUCUGAACCCAAUGCUGGUGACCUAUUUGGAAGCCAGCCGGGACCUUUGCGAGACGGACUCAAUUCUUUUUGGCGCCGCAUUGGCAGUGUGCCGUAUUAUAGGCGCUAAACUUUCCACGGCUGGACGCGCUACUGGACAAAGUAGCGUUAUCCCAGCCUGGAGAAUAAGAAUUGAAGAACGUAUCGCAAAGGCUAGGGCCCUCAUCGGUAGACUGAUAUGCUUCAGGUCAGGCAACAACAGGCCAAGGAUUGUGCGCACCGUCAGGAUGGCAUUUGCUGGGACAAAUGUUAGUUUAUCCCAGCCGGAUAUAAUGCAAAAACUGACGGAGCGCAUAGACGACCUGAAGCAGAGAAUCGCUGCUUGGGGAAAGCAGAUUCGGCGAUAUACCGAGAGGUCGACACGGUUUAACCAGAAUCGGCACUUCCGGAGUGAUCAGAAGAGGAUGUAUAAAUCGUUGGAGCGACCAAUGGUAAGUGGAACGGGCCCAGCACCGAAUCAGGCCGCCACUGCAGCAUUCUGGCGCGGCCUGUGGUCAGAGCCCAUAAGCCACAGCGAGGGCCCUUGGACGGAAGUUGUGGCGAGUCAGUGA